AACCAAAAGUCAACCUAAUAAUAGAAGAAAAAAAGUCAGACUACAGACCACAUUAAAAGUCGACAUAAGGCGGGUGGAAAUUUUGAAGUACUGAAACACCGUGCCCAGCAAAUACACACCUUAAGUCUUGGAAUUUUUUUAUUUUUAUUAGAUUAUGCACUUUGUGGAAUCUCCCUUGUUUUUGCUAUGGGUCGAGUGUGGGAAUCCACUGCAUAUGGCAUUAAUUGGAAGGGGAGGGCUUUAGUGCUGUGGCGGGAGGAGUUAUUCCUUAUAAGGAAGUUCAUCCGGCCCAGUCCUCCCUCUGUACCCCAUGUUGAAGAGUAAAUGAUGUUCAGAAGGCAAGGAAGAGUGAGCUGCUAUUGUUAGGAGCCACAGACGCGAAGUUAAGUGUAGAAAGUAGUUUUUAAAUCUCUGUUUUGUUGUUUUAACGCGACUAUUUCUUGUGAGAGUCUACGUAGAACCUUUUAGUCGCCAUUAAAACGGCGUACGCAGCACCGCUAUAGCUACCGGGGGGUUUUUUGUUUUAGGCUUAAUUGAAAGAUAACACUUAACCGUUUUAAAUGCAACGCUGUUUGAUUUAUGAGAAAACGAUGGCAGCCGAGACGAGGAACGGCGGUAUUUCACUCAACAAUAACUGCAAGGACCACCACAGGAGAAAGUUACUGGUCGGAGUGGAUCUGUUCUGCCUGUUCUUAGUGGUGCUGGUUGCCGUGUUUUUGCACAAGUCUCCGUUGCCACCUUACCGGAGAGGAUUCUUCUGCAGUGACGACAGCAUCAGGCUGCCCUAUAAGAGCAGCACAGUGACCAACACCGUGCUCACAGCAGUGGGCAUCACUGUGCCGGCGGCCUCCAUCAUCAUCGGAGAAAGCUACAGGAUCUACUUCCUGAACGAGGGCUCCAAGUCUUUUGUAGGAAACCCCUACAUAUCUGCUCUGUACAAGCAGGUGGGAGUUUUCAUCUUCGGCUGUGCCAUCAGUCAGUCCUUCACCGACAUCGCCAAAGUGUCAGUUGGACGCAUGCGUCCGCACUUUCUCGACGUCUGCAAACCUGACUUUUCUACUAUCAACUGCUCUUUGGGCUACAUCACUGACUACCAGUGUCAGGGGCCAGAGAGUAAAGUUCAAGAGGCUAGGAAGUCCUUCUUCUCCGGACAUGCAUCGUUCUCGAUGUACACAAUGCUGUAUCUCGUGUUUUACCUGCAGUCUCGUUUUACCUGGCAUGGAGCCCGUCUGCUGCGUCCGCUGACUCAGUUCACGCUCAUCAUGAUGUCCUUCUACACUGGUUUGUCUCGUGUCUCUGACCACAAACACCAUCCCACCGAUGUCCUGGCAGGCUUCAUACAGGGGGCCCUGGUGGCGUACUGUGUAGUUUUCUAUGUGUCCGACCUGUUUAAGGCCAAAGGCAGACGUACCGCACAGCUGCCAACUCCAGUUAAAAAAGAUCUUGUUUCUCCCACAGACAUCAGGGAACGAGGCAACCAUCUCAUCAUGGCGUAGUGAAUGCCGGAAAAAAUGACUGUGUGUUUGUGUAUGUAACUCUUUCUUCUACUAUUCCCAGCACUACCAUGGGUGAAUGCUCGUAGUUGAUAAGGAAUCACGAGGGUGAAAAGGGUUACAGACGGACGUAAAUCCAGUGCUGCGCUGUGCUGUGCUGUCUCUCACCAGACAUUUAGAAGACGAAAAAAAAA